GGGAGGGCCCAAAUAAACAAAGUUAUCUUAAGUUCUUAACAAAAAAAAUGGCCCAAAUAUUUAUAAUUUUAUACCUGAUUCCUGAACCUCAGAACCUGAUACGGUGAGGUGAGCAGUUGAGACUUGAGAGAGGCGGAGAGCAGAGAAUCAGAGAGAGGCUGAGGACAGACUGAACAGUGGAGACUGGAGACUAGAGAGAGGCGGAGAGCAGAGACUAGAGAGAAAGAUAGGUGUUCUUGUUGACGUGGUUGAUAGUGGAACUAUAAUGGUGCACUCUAUGAGUCUAGUUUCUACAGGCCUAAUUAAAUUUGGGUCAAGUCCUCAAACCAGAGUUUCAUGUGGGAAAUAUGGAACGUUUAGCUUGAGAUACUCACCCAGGCUUCUUCGUAUCCAGGCUGUACAAGAGAAUGGAGGGCCUCGAAGACUAGUUGACAUUAUCAGAGUUGUGCCAGAGCUCUCAAGGAAUUAUUUUCGAAGUCCUUCUCGAAGAGCUCUCUUUGGGGGAAUCUCUUUGUUGGGUGGCUUUUAUGUUGCACAGACAAUUUCUCUGUCUUUUGGAGCUUUAGGAGUAAAUGAUGUUAUUGCUGCAGUUGUAUGUGUUCUCCUCACAGAGUAUGCGACAAAAUUCUAUUACAGCCGGCCAAAGUUCUGCUGUGAAGCAAAGUCAAUGUUGGAACACAGAAAAUCAGGAGCACUCUUUGCUAGCAUGUUAUCUUUUGGCGGUCAAUACAGAUUAUCCAGUACGCCAACAUAUUUUAACAUGGAUUGUAAUGUCACGCGGUUGUUUAGGAAGUAUGGUUUUUAUGAGUAUCCUUGAUCCAAUAAUGCUUGUUUAAGAUUUGAAUUUGAUGAGAUAGUCAUUUCCUUGACAGGACCCCUUAGCAGAAUUUAUAUUGCUAUAUCAUGUACAGACAUUUAAGGCAUUGUUCUGUGGUCUGGCCACGUAUAAUCCAUAUAGUGCUACUUCUUAUUAUGUAAUGUCAUUGAUGAACCCAAGGCAUGUUCUGAACCAAGCUUUAUACCUCUGGUAGCACUACCUUUACAUGAUUCGAGAACACCUACAUCCGUGGGAUUCUUCUACUUCAGUUAUUUGGGUGAUAAUUUGUGCAGUAUUGGUGGAUGCAUUGGCCAUUGGGGUUCUAUGGCUUUUAGUUUUAUGAGAUGAUAUUAGAGACUGAUUAGGUCUGGGUUGUAAGGUGUAUGAAAAUUUAAAUGAAGGCUUUAGGCUUAUACAGUUUGAUGUAAAUGAGUUGAACUUUAUAGUAAUUAGUUUGGUGUAGGGACCCGCCAGGGAAGGUGGGGGGAUCAAGAUCACCUAGCCACUAGCCAAGCCCCUUUUUUCUCCUUAAUUUAUUUUUCUUCUUGGUUACAACUUACAACAGUUAGGUGUGGGAUGAAGGACGAUAGAAGAAAUUCAGGAGGGAUUGUGGGUACAUAACCAGUAGCCCAAUAUUUUUCUAAUAAAUUAACUCUUGUUCCAGAUCUUCAAAAGUAGCCACACUGUGAAGCGGGUGUCUUUUUAUGGGGUUACGAAGCAUUGUGAUCUCAGAUACAAUAUAUAGGCUGUUUAAUUGCUUAUCUGGAAUUGUGAGAACUAAGAUGAGAUUCAUAGCAUUUGCAGAGCUUGUAGUAUCAAGGUUUUCUGGCAAUGGGAUAGGUAUGUGUAAUGCCCAUACAGGUAUGUGCGUUGCUAUACUUAUAGGCAUCUUUCCUAUGCUAAUGGUCUUCAACGGUUACUAGCUGUUGUGUCACCCCUCUAUUCUCACAUGGGAAACAUGUCUAUCACCAGCAUCAAAUAGUGAAACUAAGAUGAGCCAAGACACCAAUAUUAUAGUGUGAUCAUCCCACACCUUUAAAAGUAAUAUUAGCCCGAAAAGCAUAAAGUUUGUGAGAUCUCUGAAAAUAAGUUAAAACAAACAAAAAGAAUAGUGAUGUCUUCUCCAAGAAAAAGAACUCCCAAGACACAUGUUUCAAAGGCAGUUCCUUUGAGUGCCAAUAAAUCUAGAUCAGCAGGGGAAAAAAAAUAAGAAAAUGAUGGUAAAGCUGAGAAGGAUUCAGGACUAUCAAAUGCUGAGAAGAAUAACAAUGCCAAGGCCAAGCCUAGGAGAGUUCCUGUGUCCUGUAAAGUCAAUGAGCAUUGCAUGAAUCUUGAGGUGCAUAUAAAUACAAUCAAUCUUGAGAACAAAGAAUUUGAUGCUGACAUUCCCUUGCCGCAGGGUACCAGCUUAAUCACCAUAGCUGACAUUGAAGGAUUGAAUUACCUCCUGAAGAUGUUGGACAUCUUUAGCAAUUUUUAGAAUUUUUUAUGUUUCUUUUGGAAAGGUAAGUUUAACUUCGAUUAUAUGUACUGUUAUGCCAAAAUGCAAAUCUAGUAGCCUAUUGUUAACGAGUAAAAGUAAUGAUCUUUUGGAAA